AUGCCGCAACAAGUCAGAUCACUCUUCGCUGCGUACAACUUCCGAGAGUAUGCGAAGCGACGGACGAGAGAUGCUUUCAGGGAGCAUCAGGGCGAGCAGGAUAGCCGAAAGGUGCAGGAGUUGGUGCAGCAUGGGAUCAAGGAGCUUCAGAGUUUGAAGCGCCAAACAGUCAUCAGCCAGUUCUACCAACUGGACCGGUUAGUUGUUGAGGGAGGAAUCUCGGGCAAGCAGACGGGCAACAAUCAAGAGAUUUUGAGGCAGAAGGAGCAGGGUUACGACUAA